ACAACCGAUUUAAAUGUACGGAAAAUUUAAAUACACUUCCAAAAAAUAACAGAUGGAAAUUCCGAUUUGAAAAGAUUUACGCUGCAUAUUUACCACAUUGUACAUUUCUUUGAUGUAUAUGAUCGCAAUGCCAGAGAAAAUGAACUAUUUGUUAUUGUUGAUAUAUUCUGUGCUAGGAUUGUGCUACUGUCACUCUCAACAAUCGAAAGUUUUUCUGUCACAUUUUACCGAUUCUGGAAAUUCGUCGACCAUUGCCAAUUCUUCUGAAGGCAUACCAUGCAGUCGUUACCAGGAAUUAAGACCGUAUGAAGACAGAAAUGCUUUGGAUGAAGAAUGCAUCAUUUCUUUUACACCAAGUAGUAAACAAUACUUUACCUAUAAAGUUAUGAAAUAUAAAUUCAAGUUUGUGCCAAUCCAUCUAAGGUUUCUGAACUUGUCAUCGCAGACGGAAAUUCAUUAUACCAGGUGUGUGAUACAACCCAUGGAUUGGAUUUGGACAUUUCGUGGAGUUGAGGGGAACUACGGUGGGCGGCAGUAUCUAACCUGGCCACCAGAAUAUGGAACGCUCUCAAUUGGCAUGUUGAAAGCACACACUUCAAUACCACUUCACAUGAACCUAACCGUCCAAGGUAAAUGUGAUUUAGUAAUUGGUGCCAAAAAUACAACAAUGCGCCUGGCAAUGGCUUUUGAUAAUUUUACCAAUGAUCUUGCAUUGACUAAAGAUGAAUAUAAUUAUAGUUACUGGUGUUAUAAAGAAAGAAUAUUCGUCGAAAAUUACUUUUUAUAUCAGCUCUGCCUUCAUGUCAUUUGUCCAAUAGAGACGAUUGGUUAUAGAUGCUGCAAACAUACGUAUGACGUUAACAUACAUGGAUUUACUAUCCGCUGUCCUGGACAUUUCUAUGUGUUUGAUGGCGUAUGGUGGGUGUGCCCAUUUGUAAUCGGCUUCAUAUUGUAUUUAUACUUUGCGUUAAUGCUAUUUUCUCUUCUUUCUGUGUUGUACAAACACCUACCGUUGAUAACUGGGAAUAGUAGCAAAAACUUUCAACAAAUUCCAAGUACACGUAAACAACAAUAUAAAAAUAUGUCAGGAAACAUUUACAAAAAUUCAAAAGAAAAGGAAAAUUGGAUUCACCAUAAUCCAGUUACUCUGUUUUCAAUUUGUGUCAUGCCGCUAAGAAAGUGUUGUCGUCUUUAUCCGGUUCUGACAUCUCGAGUACUGCGUUUUAUUAUCGCUGCUUUGAGUGUUUCGAUUAUAUUUAUAAAAGUGUUUGUUCAUUUUCAAUACGACCGCGCAUUCAUAAUAGAAAGUGUUAAACAGGGAGCGCCUAUGAAUUUUCUAUCAAUGAUAGCUGGUUACCAACUGAGCAAACAUAACUUUCUCAUACUUCUCGGCGGUCCGUAUGUUGCACUUGGAGCAUAUUUGCUGUGUUUUGUUGUUUUGGUCUGCUCUCCGAAAUGCUUCUCAGACUUUCUUCAAGUGGGUUUACCAGAGAAAACAAAUAAACCCAGAUUUGUUGUGACAAUCGAUUUAAAACUACGAGAGUUUUUUGGUUCACGCAGGAUUCUGACUUUUCGAGAAGACGGGUACGCAAAGAUUCAGAAAACUAUGCUUGCAAACAUAUUUUCACUUCUCAAUCCGAGGUUUUGGAAAUACGCAAUUUCACUUCAAGUUGGCCGAUUCAAACAUAUUGCGGAAAAAUUAAUUGGAGACAAUAUAGUUCUUAAUUGUCUCAAAGUGAUAGCUUUCGUUUUUCCUUAUCUUGCUUUUUGCUUCUUCGAAUUGCUAUUUACAUUAAUGUGUUAUGGCUUUCCAACUGUUUUUGCUAUUGGACUAGUCUAUCGAGCUUAUUCCAGGAACGUUUAUGAUUGGUUAAAAAACAAAAAGAUAGGGUACUCUGCUAUGUUUGUUGUUUUACCUGUUUGUAUUGUUCUGUUAACUUUUACUGUUUAUAUGUUUUCGAUUAUUUUUAUUGAUAGCUUCAUUUUCUUGGCGAGAGUUGCAAUAUUUACAUAUACGGGUCUUUUCGCAAAUCCAAGUUACACAGAAGGAUAUCUUAUCUUUUCUAUUACUGUAACAAUGUACUUGUACGAUAGCACCAAUUCCAUAAAUGAAACGUACGAACAACUCUUCAACCAGACAAAGAAAGUGUGUAAACGAUUAAACUGUCAACUUGAAGAGGAUUGCUCAAUUAUACUCCACAUAAAGGACAUUGAAGGAGCGAGAAUACCGCUGGAGUUAUACAUGUUCGUAGUUGACGCUCAAAAACCAAAAAGAGUUGAAAUUUUGAAAUCGUUUCUUAAAAUAACUACCAUAUUCUUAUGUUUGUACAUUUCGGUUGGCAUUUUAACGCGAUUUGAUGGAUUUCAGCAGCUUUCUGUAGUAACGCAAACUGCAACCACAACUUUUGUAUGCCUCGUUCCGAAAAUAUUUACAAGGAUGUGUACUUUAAAUGAAAGACGUGAAAUUCUGCAAAUGAGAAGUAAAAUUCAUAAACAUGUUGAACAUUUUCUGUUAUGCAAAGGAGUCGAGUGUGGUGGAAUAAAACCAAAGAGUGGGACUGAAAACAUGACUAUAGAUUCAGAUGUUGAAAAUAGCUUGUCCUGAUUGCAAAAUUUUAAUUAUGAUUAUAAAUAACAUGAAGAGGAAUGUAUAGAUCAGUAUUAUUAAUAAAAUGAUAAAAUAUUCA